AGGAGCAGGCAUCGAACGCGGCAGCCUUGGCGCAGAGUUACAGCCCAUCGGCCCCCGCACUUCUGCUACGGACUGUUUGCUAUGGUGUGUAUGCUGGCUGCAUCCAAUGCUGUUGGCAAGCUCAGGUGGAGAGGAAGGUGCUUCCAGAGAAGGAGACAACACAGCCUCUCUGGGCAGCCUGUUCCAGUGUUCUGUCACCCUCAAAGUAAAGACAUUCUUCCUCAUAUUCAGCGUGUGACACCAGUGAUGGGGAGCUGCUUGUCAUCCUCAGCUGACCCCAACCUGCCGCAGGAAGAAGACAUGGCCACGGAGACAGAACAGACAUGCCCCCUCUGCCACAAUGCUGAAGACGGGAUUGCUUAUGUUAUACCCUGUAACCACCAGUUCUGCCUGGGCUGCAUCAUUCGUUGGAGAGAGAACAGCCUUUUCUGCCCCCUUUGCAGAGGACCAAUGGAGACUAUCAAGUUUUCUGUGUGGGCAGAAAAUGACUUCCUACUGUAUACUUUCAUAGAAACUGAUGAGUUGCCAGAUGCCAGCAGGCAGGCAGGCGGAGCUCGUGACCUCCUGGCUGAAAGCAGGCCCUACAUCCCCUUGGUGGCCCCUCCGUUCUCUCCACAGGAGAUGCUGUCCCCAGCUGAGGAGGGAGCUGUAGGGACAGAGGCCGUGGGUGGCCUCCUGCCCAGCGUCUGGGCACCGCUCUUCCAAAGGCAAGAGCACCUGCUGGAUCCCGUGCUGCCCUGGCUGCGCCAGGAGCUGGCAGCAAUCUAUGGCGACCAAUGGUGGCUGGCAAGGAGUGCGGAGAGCAGCAUCCUGCACUGCCUCUGCGCCUGCGGUCUGAAUCGGGAGCUCAUGGUCCAGCGGCUGCAGGACUCCCUUCAGGAAUAUGCGGCACAACUGGUCGACGGCAUCGUCAAUGUCAUUGUGGAGCGGUGCAGCGAGGAGGCCCAGAGGCUGCUGCAGGCCCCUGCUGUGGUGGAUGAGCACGACAGCGCUGUGGCCAGCACCGGCUCCACCAGCUCCUCCUCCAGAUCCAGCUCCUCCACAUCCAGCUACAGCACAUCCAGCUCCUCCACAUCCAGCUACAGCACGUGCUGGGAGUGGAGUCCUGCCUGCAGCCUGGCUUCCUCCAGCAGCCCUGAGAGCUCCCCCGGGGAGGAGGGAGCCGGCACAUCAGAGGCCCCCCUCCGCGGGCGUGCUGGCCGCCACCCAUCUGUGCGCAUCCCGGCGGAGCGGGAGGAGCCGGGGCAGGCGGCGGUGGCGGCUGGUCCCUCCUCCUAGGGCAGCCGCCGCAGCCCCUCGGCUCCCGCCCGGGACAGUGACCGCUUGCCCAGGGGAGCCCGGCGCCCCGCAAAGAGGAGGGCCGCUGGCCCCCAGGACCCUCCCCAGCCCUGCAAGAGGCGGCCCCGCCGACGGCGCCAGCCUGGCUCCAGCUCCUCCAUGUUCAAGGGCAAGGA